CCGUUUCCAUAAUUAGUAGUAUAUAUACCGGUCGGUGGCUGUUCAGCGCAUACUCAGUUUCUCGUCAGUGUUCGUGCAACUAGGUCUCUAUUACAAGUCAGAAUGAGGGAAAUCGUACAUUUACAAGCUGGACAAUGCGGAAACCAGAUCGGAGCUAAGUUCUGGGAGGUGAUCUCCGACGAGCACGGCAUCGACCCCACCGGCACCUACCAUGGUGACUCCGACCUCCAGUUGGAGAGAAUCAACGUCUACUACAACGAGGCUACAGGAGGCAAAUAUGUCCCCCGUGCUGUCUUGGUCGACCUGGAGCCAGGAACUAUGGACUCUGUCCGAUCUGGUCCUUUCGGACAGAUCUUCCGUCCAGACAACUUUGUGUUCGGUCAGAGCGGUGCUGGCAACAACUGGGCCAAGGGUCACUACACAGAAGGUGCUGAGCUGGUAGAUUCCGUGUUGGAUGUUGUUCGCAAAGAGGCCGAGAGCUGUGACUGUCUUCAGGGCUUCCAGCUGACCCACUCUCUUGGUGGCGGCACCGGGUCAGGCAUGGGCACCCUCCUCAUCAGUAAGAUCAGAGAGGAGUACCCAGACAGAAUCAUGAACACUUUCUCCGUUGUGCCAUCACCAAAGGUGUCCGACACAGUCGUCGAGCCCUACAACGCCACUCUGUCAGUCCAUCAGUUGGUUGAGAACACAGACGAGACAUACUGUAUCGACAACGAGGCUCUGUACGACAUCUGCUUCAGAACACUGAAACUGACCACACCCACAUACGGUGACCUCAACCAUCUUGUGUCAGCCACAAUGUCCGGAGUGACCACCUGUCUGAGGUUCCCUGGUCAGUUGAACGCCGAUCUCCGUAAACUGGCUGUCAACAUGGUGCCCUUCCCCCGUCUUCACUUCUUCAUGCCCGGCUUCGCUCCCCUCACCUCCAGAGGAAGCCAGCAGUACCGUGCACUCACUGUGCCCGAGCUCACCCAGCAGAUGUUCGAUGCCAAGAACAUGAUGGCUGCCUGUGAUCCCCGUCACGGCCGCUACCUUACUGUGGCAGCAAUCUUCCGUGGUCGCAUGUCCAUGAAGGAGGUCGAUGAACAGAUGCUUAAUGUCCAGAACAAGAACAGCAGCUACUUCGUUGAAUGGAUCCCCAACAACGUCAAGACCGCCGUCUGUGACAUCCCACCACGUGGUCUCAAGAUGUCUUCAACCUUCAUCGGCAACAGCACUGCAAUCCAGGAGCUGUUCAAGCGCAUCUCCGAGCAGUUCACGGCCAUGUUCAGGAGAAAGGCUUUCCUCCAUUGGUACACUGGCGAGGGCAUGGAUGAGAUGGAGUUCACUGAGGCCGAGUCCAACAUGAACGACUUGGUGUCUGAGUACCAGCAGUACCAGGACGCCACCGCCGAGGAAGAGGGAGAGUUUGACGAGGAAGAGGGAGACGAGGAAGCCGCCUAAUAUGCCUGAGUCAGUUGACAUCAAGCCUUAUGACAUUGUUUGGCAUUUCGCAAAGGGACCAAAAAUAAAACGCAAAGAAAGUCGGCCAAAUACUGAUGUGCAAUUAUAGUCAAUGUUAUUUAUUAUUCCGCAACAUCGUGAACCAUUUCGACAUUUUUGUCAGACUUUUCAAAAUGCUGAAUCAAACGCUUCAACGCGAAACAUGUUUAUAUGUGAUAUUCAUUUUGAUGUUACAACCGGGUGAAUAAACCACUUGCAAUGUCGAUACAAUUAAAA